AUGUCGCGCAUCACCGCCCCCGUUGCGAAGCUCACCCGCUCCAUCAACUCGGCCGCCACGGCCAGCCGCUCCAGCGGCCUCCUCGAGUCGCACUACAAUGUCAACCAGGGCGCCGUCCUGAUGCCAAAGUACGCCGAGCUCCUCAAGAACCGGAGCCCCCGCGAGCACGACUCCGCCCGCACCCUCACAACCACCCACCGCCCAACCCCGCAACCCAUGCGCGCCUCCCACCGCCAGAUGCAGACCUUCUCCUCGUCCGCAUCCUCCGCGGCCCCCAUCGCCUCCAUGGACUUCACCACCCUGCCCAUGUCCUACGAGCCCCAGGUCUCCAACGAGUUCGCCGGCAUGCGCAUGCCCCUGCUCCCGGACUCCUUCACCACAAAACACCAGUCCCUCUACGAGCAGCCCGCCGUCGAGGACCUCCCGCUCUCCCGGCCCGAGAUCUCCGUCGUCGCCGCCCACCCGGAGAACGUCACCACCGCCGCCGCCCUGACCGAGAUUGAGGGCUUCGGCGUCGACGGCGUCGAGCUCAAGUGGGCCCACGAGAGCGAGGCCGCCGCCGAGGAGGCCUACCAGCCCGGCCUUAGGGACCUGUGGAAGGGCCUCGUCAACGACGUCAUGGGCUCGCAGCAGCAAAAGGCCGCCUUCUAG